AUGACGAAAGUGCCUUUUACCGAUAAAACUGAAAGUUUUGCACGUAAGGGAAUUAAAUGUAUUGAAAAACAUGUGACAUAUUCAUUAUUAUGUAUGGAAUCAAUUAGCAAAAUUGAGCACGAUCGUGAAAAUAUAACGAUAAUUAACGCAAAAAAUAAUGAACUAGUUAACAGAGAUCCAGGCAAUUAUAAAUCAGGUCACAUAUUGACAGAAGAAGAAUUAAGAUAUCUUGUACCUGUUGAUCCAUCGCAGUCUAUUCUAUAA